AUGGCUCCCAACGGGGAAGACAUGCCGCCCGCUGGGCUGGGACACACGGGCAGAACGCAGGCGGAGGAUGGUGUCGGGAGGGCCUCGCUCACGCGAGACGCGCUCGCAAACCAGCUCUACCUGAAGACCAAGCCCCCGAGCGCCACCGCGUUCAGGCCCUCGCAGACCAUGGGCAGGACGAGCGCCCUCAAGUCCACCGGGCGGCUCGAGCCCCUGACCGCCGCGCGGCCCCCCGCGGUGUCCGCCCCCGCCAUGAUGGGCACAGCUGGCAGGAAUAAUGCGAUGGGCGCGACGUACGAAACCACCGUUCGAUCGUCGACGCCCGCGCGGGUGGGUGGUGCCGUCACGCUCGCGCCCCUCACGCCCACGGGGGAUUCCUCGCGCGCGAACGGAUCCCUCGGAACGACGGACGCCGUCCCCACCGGGUCGCUUCGCGUGUCUCCCUCGAAACCCCUGCUCCGGCCGGAGUCUGAGGAUGACGGGUACCAGUACCUUGCGCUGCUCCGGUGGAUGCGUCGAAACGCGGCGGACGAGGAGCGCCGGGUGGCGAACGCGCUGCCGCCCGGUCCGCACGGCGCGGACGAGUUUGUGUACCUCGCGAGGCUGGACAGGGACCCGAACGACUGGCAGCCGUACGCGCUGGGCGUGAGGGAGUACCACGGCGUGGACAGGACGGAUUACUACACGAUGUCGGCGCAGGGUAUCACGCACUUUCUCGACGGCGUGCAGCCCGAGUUUAUCACCGCGGAGCGAUGGGAGCUCGAGGUGGCAAACUACAAGAAGAUCAAGUCCCUCACCGUGUUCCGCACGUACAAGAAGUGGAAGAGCUGGAAGCUCUGGCGCAAGAGCGUGAUGAGCGCCAAGAUGCAGCGAGCGGCGUCGGUGUUGGAGAAGAACCUCUUUGUGUUGGACCCCGUGUUUGCGCCCACCAUCGACAAGAUCCGCGACGCGUGCAGAGAACUGAGCAAGAAACGUCUCAGUAAGGUGCGCACCGGCGAGGUACGCACGCUCGGCGCGUUCGUGGACGAGGUGAAGGAGGCGAGGGAGGAGAUGACGGAGGAGUUUGCGCGGUUCAGCGCGGAGCAGACUGCGACGGUGAGCGACGCGUGUCAACGGUCCCUCGACGCGAUGGAGGCGCGCCUGGAGGAGUUCUACGGCGACGACCUCCCGUGCACCGACCGCAUGGACAGGAUCUCUGGCCACGGAUCCGCGGGCCCGUCCUCGCCCGCGGCUGGGCGGGGGAGCGCGACGGGGAGGAUGAGCGGGCCGGGGUCCAAGAGGGGCGGGUCCGAGGAUGCGGCGCAGUACGCGUACACGGUGGCGGCGACCCGACGCACCGAGCAGCGCCGUUGCCUCACCUUCGUCAAGCUGAUGGAUUACGUCAUGUGCGACACGAUGCACGACAUGCUGCUGGACAGCGUGACCGACGUGCUCUCCGCGACGAAGCAGUGCGAGGAGGACCAGUUUGAGAUGCCCAAGCCGCCGUACAGACUUCACAAACCCCGGCUCAAGGUGCAGUCCGCGAUGAAGCGGAUGUUCCGCAAGAUCACCCAGGAGAACCGCAGGCAGAGCGCGAGCAAGAAGGUGCGGGAGGCGGCCAAGGAGAACCAGCUCAUGGACACCAUCAAGGACCGCCAGAUGCAAGCGAGGCACGAAAAGGAGGAUGAUGAGCUCAACAGGUUCGAGCCCGAGUUUCCGGUGUUGCCCCAGUUUGAGGUUGAGCUCGCGUGGGACGAGCGCGCGUCGCAGACGGUGUUUGAGCCUUCCUUCCACGACUUCCAGUCGGAAGUUGAGAAGACGGUCAAGUCCUUCAUCGACAUACUCGCCAAGGUGAAGCGCCUUCCCGACGACAAGGCGCUCAUGUCCAAGAUGACGGAUGCGCUCGAGAUGGAGCAGUCGUCCGGCAAGGGCGUGGACAUGGCGGACCUCGCGUACACCGAGCGGUGGCGCGAGCUCGUGAGACAGGUUCGCAGGUCGCUCGCGUUCGGUUUCGACACCGCCACCAGGUACAAAGACAACUUCGACAUCUUCGUGAACAUGAAGAAGAAGAACGCCGAGACGUCCACGUCGCAAAUCGUGGAAAAUUACAAAUCCGGCGACCUCGUCAUCGACAACUUCCGACGAGAUACCAUCACCUACCUCGACCAGAAGAAGCGAAUGGAGGCCUUCUACGUUGAUCAAAACGUGGGCAUCGUCAAGAUCAAGUCACAGCGGCUUCAGACCGCGCUCCUACCCUCACCGACGGCCAAGCUGGAGGAGCUGUCGAAGAUGCUACCCGGUUUGGCCGCCGAGAUGUUCGACAAGUUCAUCGAAGAGGUUCACGCCGGAACCAACAAGCUGGCAAACCCGCCAAAGUCCGCUGAAGAUUUCAUGGACGUGAUGCGGUUCUGCGUGGACCUGCGGGAGUCCACGCUGGAGAGGCUUGGUGCGCAGGCGGAGGAGGUGAAGGCCCUGUACGACCUCAUCAACGAGUUUGGCUUUCCCAUCAAGGAGGAGGACCAGGCCAAGUUUGCGCUGCUGGAGGACGACUUCGCCAUGCUCGAGACGGUGCUGGACGAAUCCGAGGGCCAGCAGGAGGAUAGAAUCAAGCAGUUCGCCGCGGAGAUGAUCGAGGCCGGCAAGGAGGUCAACCAGAACCUCAAGGACCUCGCCAAGGCUGCCACGGAUGAGAUGAUCCUCGAUGUGGAGGCGCCGAGGGAACAGGUGCUCGAAUUCGUCGAGGAUCUCACAACCAAGGUGGAGGCGCAGCAGGCAGAGGCCAAACGCAUCGUCAAGAUCCAGGAGACCUUCAAGGUGGAACCAACCGAGUUCGAAUCUCUCAAGGCUGUGGCCGAGGACGUCGCGCUCAAGCGGUCCAUGUGGGUCAGCGACAAGGAGUUCGACGGGCUCGUGGUCACCUGGGCCGAAUCGGUGUUUGACCAGAUUGACGUGGCGUCCAUGGAGGAGAAGGUUCAGAAGAUGGGUAAGCUCUGCGUCAAGCUGGAGCGCGGCCUGCAGCCCAACAGCGUUGUGCCCGCGUUCAAGGCUAAGGUUGACGCGUAUAAGCAACUCCUGCCCGUCAUCAGCGCGUUGGGCAACGACGCGUUGUUGAUGCGCCACUGGGACAAGAUCCAGGAGAUCAUCGGCCAACCAAUCGUCCGCGACGAGACGUUCACGCUGCAGAAGAUCCUGGACAUGAAGUGCCCCGAUCACUCCGAUGCCAUCUCGCAGGUUUCCGUGGAGGCGACCCAGGAGAGGCAGCUCGAGUCGCAGCUCGAGAAGAUUGUGAAAAGAUGGCAGGAUGUCUCCUUUGCUGUUACCAACUACAAGGAGAGCAAGGACACCUUCAUCUUGGGCGGCUUGGAGGAGGUGUUUACAGCGCUCGAGGAUUCUAUGGUGACCAUGACCACCAUCCUGUCCAGUCGCUUCGUCGCGGGCAUCAGGACCGAGGUCGAGAAGGUGGAGAAGAACAUGAACGUCUUCUCGGACACCCUCGACGAGUGGCUCGCUGUGCAGAAGAACUGGAUGUACCUGGAGUCCAUCUUCAGCGCUCCCGACAUCCAGCGCCAGCUCCCGAACGAGUCGAAGCAGUUCUACGGCGUGGACAAGAUGUACAGGGACGUGAUGCGCAAGACGCGAGAAAACGACAACGCGAUGCGCGCCGCCACGACUCCGGGAUAUCUGGAAAAGUUCCAGAAGGCGAACGAGACGCUAGACUUCAUCCAAAAGAACCUGGAGGAGUACCUGGAGACGAAGCGCAUGGGUUUCCCGAGGUUUUAUUUCCUCUCCAACGACGAGCUGCUCGAGAUUCUGGCCGAGACCAAGAACGUGCAGGCCGUGCAGCCGCACAUGUCCAAGUGCUUCGAUGGUAUCAAGUCCCUCGACUUUGGCGAGGACCCCAAGAGCGUGGACAUCUUCGCCAUGUUCAGUGCGGAGGGGGAGCGGGUGCAGCUCGGGAAAAAUUUGAAGGCUCGUGGCAACGUUGAGCAGUGGCUCACAGCCGUGGAGGCUGCCAUGGUCGCCGCGCUCAAAAAGCAGGGCAAGGAGUCGUACGUGAGCUAUGCCAAGGAGGCGCGGACCGAUUGGGUGCGCAACCAGCCCGCGCAGAUUGUGAUCAUGGUUGCGCAGAUUUACUGGUGCCGCGGCGUCAUCGAGUGCCUUGAAUCUGAAAACCCGGUGGCGGCUAUGGAGAAGUACCUGGAAAAGAACCGAUCGGACCUCAAGGAUAUGACCGCGGUGGUUCGCGAGGACCUCACCAGGCUGCACCGCAAGAUCAUCGCCGCGCUCAUCACCAUCGACGUGCACGCACGAGACAUCGUGGAAGAGCUCUGGCAGGAGAAGGUCGAGUCAGUGAACGACUUUAAGUGGCAGAUGCAGCUCAGGUACUACUGGGACGACAAGGACGACAUCUGUCUCAUCCGCCAGACCAACACGCUGUUUAAUUACGCGUACGAGUACCUCGGUGCGCAGUCCCGCCUCGUGGUGACCCCGAUGACGGACAGGUGCUACAUGACGCUGACCGGAGCCAUGCACCUGAGGCUGGGCGGCGCGCCCGCGGGACCCGCGGGUACGGGCAAGACGGAGUCGACCAAGGAUCUCGGCAAGGCGCUCGGCGUGCAGUGCGUGGUGUUCAACUGCGGAGAUAACCUGGACUACAAGUUCAUGGGUAAGUUCUUCGCGGGCUUGAGCCAGUGCGGCGCUUGGGCGUGCUUCGAUGAGUUCAACCGUAUUGACAUUGAGGUCCUCUCAGUCGUGGCGCAGCAGCUUCUCACGAUCCAAAACGCCAUGAAGGCAGGGUUGGAUAUUUUUACCUUUGAGGGCCGUGAGAUGCCGCUGAAGCACACGUUCGCCGUGUUCAUCACCAUGAACCCCGGUUACGCCGGUCGCACCGAGCUCCCUGACAACCUCAAGGCGCUCUUCCGGCCGAUGGCGAUGAUGAUCCCCGACUACGCGCUCGUCGCCGAGGUGAUGCUCUUCUCCGAGGGUUUCGAGACUUCCAAGGACCUGUCGCGCAAGAUGACCAAGCUGUACAAGCUCUCGUCCGAGCAGCUUUCCCAGCAGGACCACUACGACUUUGGCAUGCGUGCGCUCAAGUCGUUGCUCGUCAUGGCGGGUGCACUCAAGCGCGGCUCCCCGGACCUUGACGAGCAGGUUGUCCUCAUCCGCGCGAUGCGCGAUGCAAACCUACCCAAGUUCCUCUCCGCUGACUGCGAGCUGUUCGAGAACCUGAUCAUGGACCUCUUCCCGGGCAAGGUUGUCCCGGAGAGUUCAUCGGGUGACUUGGAGCGGGCCAUUGUCGAGUCAAUCAACGAGGUUGACCUGCAGCCAAAGGAGACAUUCGUCACCAAGGUUGUCCAGCUCUACGAGACAUUCAACGUGCGCUUUGGCGUCAUGCUUGUCGGUCCCACGGGCGGAGCCAAGACGACCAACUACCAGAUUCUCAAGUCGGCGAUGACAAAGCUUCGCAACGAAGGCCAUCCCAACGACUCGUUCCAAGUAAUUCACACCUACGUGUUCAACCCCAAGUGCAUCAAGAUGGGCGAGCUGUACGGUGAGUACAACUUGGGCACGGGCGAGUGGACUGACGGCCUGGGAUCCACCUUGAUUCGCAACGCCGUGGCGGACCAGACGAUGGAGAAAAAGUGGGUCGUGUUCGAUGGCCCCGUGGACGCCAUCUGGAUCGAGAACAUGAACACCGUGCUCGACGAUAACUGCACGCUUUGCCUUCCCAACGGCGAGCGAAUCAAGCUCAACCCGAUAACGAUGCGAAUGCUCUUCGAGGUCCAGGACCUGGCGGUGGCAUCUCCCGCGACGGUUUCGCGGUGUGGAAUGGUGUACAUGCCCCCCAACGAGCUCGGCUGGCUCCCCUACGUCACCACCUGGGCGAACACGCAGCUGCCCGAGGCGAUGACCGACGAUACCAAGGCUUACAUCCUGAGCCUGUUCAACAAGACCAUCGACGGCGGGCUGUCCUUCAUGCGCAAAAACCUCAAGGAGGCCAUACCCACCGUAGACAUCAACCUGGUGACGUCGCUCACGGCGCUGUUCAAAUCGCUGGUGCAGCCCGAGAAGGGUGUGGACUUUGCCGAUGACAAGCUCAGCCUCCACCCCAAACUCGCCAAGGUUUUCGUCUUCUCCUACGUCUGGUCGCUGGGCGGUAACUUGCAGGAGCAGUUCCACGCGCAAUUCGACGAGUGGGCGAGAGCGCACUUCGCGGACAACAUCAAGGAGCUCGAGAAGGUUCCCCCCGCGGAUGAGGGUGCCGUGCUUUACGACUUUUACGUGGUGACUGACGACAUUGACUUCCCCAAGGGUCGGUUCGAACACUGGGACAAGGCCGUGAAGCCGUUCAAGUACAGCAAGGACGUGCCCUUCUUCCAGCUGCUGGUGCCCAACCUUGACACCACACGCUUCUCGUUCCUUCUGGAGACAUGUCUGGACGUGGACAAAUCCCUGCUGCUCACCGGUGGCACGGGCGUGGGCAAAUCGGUGAUCAUCACCGACUACCUUGCGAGGUCCCAGGAGCCCAGGGGUCUGGUCAACAUCAUCCUCAACUUCUCUGCGCAGACGCCCGCGAAGGACACCCAGCUGUUGAUCGAAUCCAAACUGGAGAAGAAGCGCAAGACUCGGUUUGGCGCGCCGCCCAACAAGAAGAUUGUGCUCUUUGUCGACGACGUCAACAUGCCCGCGCGUGAAACCUACGGCGCCCAACCCCCGGUCGAGCUGUUACGUCAGUACCAGGACUUCCGCGGCUUCUACGAUCGCGAGAAGCUCUUCUGGAAGGAUGUCGAGGAUACCACGCUGGUGUGCGCGUGCGCGCCACCCGGCGGCGGCAGGCAGGAGGUGACGCCCCGGUUCUUCCGCCACUUCAACAUGCUCAACGUGCCGCCGCCAAACGACGCCACGAUGAAGAUCAUCCUCGGCUCAAUCUUCAGCGGGUUCCUUGACUCGUCCUUCGGGCCAGAGAACGAUAAGAAGUUCCCCAAGGAAUUCCAGGAGAUUGUCACGCCAGUGGUUGACUCGAGCGUCGAGGUUUACAGGCGCAUGAGCGAGGAGCUCCUGCCCACGCCGCAGAAGAGCCACUACACCUUCAACCUCCGCGACCUGAGCAAGGUGCUCCAGGGCAUGCUCCUCAUCACCCCGGAUAAGUGCAAGGCUCUUGACGUCAUGACGAGGCUUUGGGUUCACGAGAGUAUGCGGGUGUUCCACGAUCGACUCAUCAGCGUCGAGGAUAAGGACUACUAUAAGGUGAUGGCCUCUGAGCUCGUCGAGAAGAACUUCGCCGUCGUGCUCGAGGGUAAGUACGAGGAUCCUCCGGUUCCGGAGGGCGAGGCCCCGCCCGAGCCUGAAGUCGACGAGGACGGCAACCCAGUCGAGUACAAGCUGGGCACCAGGGCAUACAAGGACUUGUUUGAGGAUCGCAACAUCAUCUUUGGCGACUUCCUUGACCAAAACUGCGAGCCCGAGGAGCGCGUGUACGAGGAAGGAGACGACAUCCCCAAGAUGAUCAAGAUCAUGGAGGAUUACCUGGAAGAAUACAACUUCAGCGCCACGAACCAGAUGAACCUGGUGUUUUUCAUGGACGCCGCCGAGCAUGCCACGCGAAUCGCGAGGAUUCUGCGGCAGCCACGCGGCAACGCGAUGCUCGUGGGCGUGGGCGGCAGCGGGAAGCAGUCGCUCACGCGGUUUGGAAGUUUCAUGGCGGGGUUCAAGUGCUUCAGCAUCGAGCUCACGCGCGGUUACGGCAUCACUGAGUUCCGCGACGACCUAAAGAACCUCUACGUUCAGACCGGUAUUGAGGGAACACCCACUGUGUUUUUGUUUACGGAUACGCAAAUCGUCACGGAGGGUUUCGUCGAGGACAUCAACAACAUCCUCAACAGCGGCGAGGUUCCCGGACUGUUUGCCCAGGACGAGAAGGAGCGAAUGAUGACCGAGAUUCGUCCGUACGCCGAGUCCCUUGGCUUGAACCCAACGAAAGAUGUGCUCUUUAGCACGUUCAUCAACAGGGUGCGAGACAACCUCCACAUCAUCCUGUGCAUGUCCCCCGUGGGCGAGGCUUUCCGGUCUCGAUGCCGCCAGUUCCCCUCUCUGAUCAACUGCUGCACCAUCGACUGGUUCAUGGAGUGGCCCGAGGAGGCGCUCACCAGCGUCUCCAACAAGUUCCUCUCCACCGUGGACCUCGGCUCGCCCGAGGUUAACAAGCAUGUCGCAAACAUGUGCGUCGACGUGCACAUGUCCGUCACCCAGACAUCCGAGCGGUUCUUCCAGGAACUCAGGCGCAAGUUUUACACGACGCCCAAGUCUUAUCUCGACCUCAUCAACCUCUACACCGCUUUGCUGGCCGAGAAGAGGGAGGAGCUGGGCAAUGCGAAGGACCGCCUGCUCAACGGUCUGAACAAGCUCGCGGAGACCAACGUCAUCAUCGAUAACUUGAAGAUUGAAUUGGGCGAACUGCAGCCUGUGCUCGAGGAGAAAUCUGCGGCAACCGCCGAGCUCAUCGAGCAGGUCAACAGAGACAAGGCCGACGCCGCGGAGGUCGAGAAGAAGGUGAUCGAAGAGGAGGCCCAGGCUAAGGCGCUGGCCGCGGAAACAGAAGCCAUCGCGGCAUCUGCCAAGGCUGACCUCGAGGAGGCCAUGCCCGCGCUGGAUGCGGCUGUCGAGUCGCUCAAUGCCCUCAACAAGAACGACAUCGUGGAGAUCAAAAACCUGCCCAGGCCCCCGCCGUUGGUGGGCGUCACCAUGGAGGCUGUGCUCACUCUUCUGAAGGAAAAGACGGACUGGGCGAGCGCAAGGAAGGUUCUCGGCGACACCGGUUUCAUGAAGCGCCUAUUCGAGUUUGACAAGGAUAACAUCUCGCCCAAGACGCUCAAGCGCCUGGAGAAGUUUGUCAACCGCGAGGAUUUCACUCCGGAGAUUGUCCAAUCCCAGUCGCAGGCGGCGAAGAGCCUCUGCAUGUGGUGCCGCGCCAUGCACGUCUACGCGGGGGUGGAGAAGGUGGUCAGACCCAAGCGAAAGGCGCUUGCCGAGGCUGAGGCAUCGCUCGCAGCGACACUCGCGGCGCUCAAGGAGAAGCAGCAGUUUCUCAAGGACGUCCAGGACAAGGUUGCGCAACUCGAGAAGGACCUCGCCAAGGCCGAGGCUGAGUCCCAGUCCCUCAAGGACCAGGCUCAGCUCACCGAGGAUCGCCUGGUGCGCGCGGAGAAGCUAACGAGCGGCCUCGCCGACGAGGCUGUGCGCUGGAAGUCAACCGCCGAAUCCCUCGGCGACCAGCGCGAGUUACUGGUUGGCGACGUCUUCGUCUCCGCCGCUUGCAUCUCCUACUUUGGCGCGUUCAACGGCGCCUACCGCGACGAGCUCGUGGACCUGUGGACGAGCCGGUGCCGCGAGCUCGGCGUCCCGGUCAGCGAGAACUGCUCUCUCAAGAAUACGCUGGCGUCCCCGGUGGAGAUUCGCGAGUGGAACAUCUGGGGCUUGCCCACCGACGACGUGUCCGUCGAUAACGGCAUUUUGGUCACACGCGGCCGACGAUGGCCGCUGAUGAUCGAUCCGCAGGCGCAGGCCAACACGUGGGUCAAGAACAUGGAGCAGAAGAACGCUUUGAAGAUCAUCAAGCUCACGGACGGCAACUACCUGCGCACGAUGGAAAACUCCAUUCGCAACGGUACCCCAGUGCUUGUCGAGGACAUCGGUGAGACUCUCGAUCCCGCGCUCGAGCCCAUCCUGCAGAAGGCUGUGUUUGUGCAGAAUGGACGCACGCUGAUCCGUUUGGGCGACACGGACGUUGACUACGAUCCCAACUUCAAGUUCUACCUCACCACGAAGAUGCCCAACCCGCACUACCUCCCCGAGGUUUGCAUCAAGGUUACAAUCAUCAACUUCACGGUGACCAUCAAGGGCUUGGAGGACCAGCUCCUCGGCGACGUCGUCCGCAAGGAGCGACCGGACCUCGAGGAAGCGAAGGACCGUCUGGUGCUGUCCAUCAGCAACGACAAGAAGCAGCUCAAGGACCUCGAGGACAAGAUCUUGCGCCUGCUGAAGGAGUCCGAGGGCAACAUCCUCGACGACGUCGAUUUGAUCAAGACGCUGGAGACGUCAAAGACGACAUCCACCAUGAUCAACGGCCGCGUGAAGGAGGCGGAGCAGACAGAGGCGUCAAUCAACGAAACCCGCGAGAAGUACAGGCCGGCCGCCAUCCGCGGCUCCAUCCUCUACUUCGUCGUCGCGGACCUCGCGCUCAUCGGGCCCAUGUACCAGUACUCGCUCAACUUUUUCAUGAAGUUGUUCAACCAGUGCAUCGACAACUCAGAACCCAGCGAGCGGCUCCGCAAGCGACUCAAGAAUCUCAUGAGCUACACCACCUACUUCGUGUACGUUUCCGUCUGUCGCGGUCUCUUCGAGGAGCACAAGCUGCUGUUCUCCCUGCUCGUGUGCACGUCCAUCAUGCGGGUCAUGACGGUUCAGGAGAAGUUCGACGAGGCCAACGUGGGUGACGCGGAGGAAUCCGACGAGGAGGACGAGGACGAGGAGGCAAAGCCCGAGGUUGCCGCGCCCGUCGAGUCCCCUGCGGUCAUCGAGGCUCGCGAGUGGAACGUCUUCCUUCGAGGCACACCCCUCAACUACGAGGCACCGGCCAAGACUGUGGAGUGGCUCACGGACGCCGUCUGGCGAAACGUGUGCUACCUCGAGACGGACCUCCCCGACUAUCUCACCGGAUUCACCGCGGAUAUGGCGGCCAAGUCAGCCGAGUUCGAGGCUUGGGCCGAGUCGGACUCGCCGUUCCAGGAACCGAUGCCCGGCGGCUGGGACGAUAAGCUCACGUACUUCAUCAAGCUCGCGGUUGUGAAGGUUUUCAAGGAGGACAAGGCUGUCGCGUCUGCGCAGCAGUACAUCGGCGCCGAGCUCGGCAAGGCUUUCACCGAGGCUCCCCCGUGGACCCUCGACGACGUGUUCCCCGACACCAACAGUCGCGUCCCCAUCAUCUUCAUCCUCUCCACCGGCGCGGACCCGACCGCGAUGCUCCAGAGGUUCGCCACCAAGAUGGGCUGGGUCCCGGGCGAAAGGCUGCACUUUUGCUCGCUGGGCCAAGGCCAGGGUCCAAUCGCGGAGGAGAUGGUGUCAAAGGCGCAGGACAACGGCGAUUGGGUGUGCCUCCAGAACUGCCACGUGGCGAGUUCGUGGAUGCUCUCACUUGAGGCCAUGGUGAACAACAUGAGCCAGGACUACAACCCCGUGCACGACGACUUCAGGCUCUGGCUCACCUCCAUGCCCGCGGCCAUCUUCCCCGUCUUGGUGCUCCAGAACGGAAUCAAGCUCACAAACGAACCUCCCAAGGGUGUCCGAGCCAACAUGAAGCGAACCUUCAACGACAUCCAGGAGGACGUGUGGGAAGGUUGCUCCAAACCCCAGCCGUACAAGAAGCUGGUCUUUGCGCUCUCAACCUUCCACGCCAUCAUCCAGGAGAGGCGCAAGUUUGGACCGCUCGGCUGGAACAUCCGGUACGAGUUCAACGCGAGCGACAUCGAGUGCUCGAUGCUCACGCUCAAGAUGUUCCUCGAGGAGCAGGACGAGAUCCCGUGGGCGGCUCUAGUGUACGUCACCGGGCAGAUCAACUACGGAGGCAGGGUCACGGACGACCUCGACCGCCGGUGCCUCAUGUCCAUCCUCAAGAAGUACUACCUGCCCGACAUCUUGGACGAUAACUACCGGUUCACGCCGUCUGGGACCUACUACGCGCCUCCGGAGGGUGACCUGUUCUCGUUCCGCGAUUACCUCGAGCAGCUCCCGUUGACGGAGGCGCCCGAGGUUUUCGGGAUGCACCCCAACGCGAACAUCACCUUCCAGCUGCAGGAGACGCGCAAGAUGAUGGACACCAUCCUCUCCAUUCAGCCCAGGGCGACGUCGGCGGAGGGUGGCAAGUCGCCCGACGAAAUCGUCGCCGCCCUCGCCGCCGAGAUUGAGUCCAACAUCGCGCCCCCACUGGACCUGGACGACGCGUGCCCCGGUCUCUUCGAUCGAACGGCGUCCGGGCAGCUCAAGUCGCUGUCGGUGGUGCUCGGUCAGGAGAUUGAGCGCUUCAACAAGCUCACCAGGCGCGUGCUCUCGUCGCUGAAGGAACUUCAGAAGGCGAUCAAGGGCAUCGUGGUGAUGACGGGCGAGUUGGAGCAGAUGUACACCGACUUUCUGAACAACAAGGUUCCCGGCCUGUGGGAGAAGGUUGCUUACCCGUCCCUGAAGCCCCUCGGCGGAUGGAUCGUCGACUACCACAGGCGCAUCGACUUCAUGCGCACCUGGCUCACCAAGGGGAACCCCAAGUCGUACUGGCUCAGCGGGUUCUUCUUCCCGCAGGGCUUCAUGACCGGCGUGCUGCAGGAGCACGCGAGGAAGUACCAGCAGCCCAUCGACGCCCUCAACUUCAACUUUGAGGUGUUGGAGGGCAAGGAGACGGCCGAGGACAUCACGGAGGCGCCCGAGGACGGCGUGUUGAUCGACGGCCUCUACGUCGACAACGCCAGGUGGAACCGCGAGAUGAAAUACCUCGACGAGAGCGACCCGGGGGUUAUGAUCUCGAACCUCCCCGUGGUACACUUCGUUCCCGUGAUGGGGUACUAUCCCCCGCCGCUCCUGGCGCCCGCGGACCCCAAGGAGUACCAGUGCCCGCUGUACAAGACGAGCGUGCGCGCGGGUAUCCUGUCCACGACGGGCCAGUCCACCAACUUUGUCAUCUGCGUCGGGCUGCCGAUCCGGCCGGGCACCGACUCUGACUUUUGGGUGCUGCAGGGCGUCGCGCUGCUGUGCGCGACGAACGACUGACGAGAUUAUUCUUUUACGCAAGACGACAUUAGCUUAGCGAGGCGCUCCGGAUCCGUGGCACAACGAGGAGCCCCGAUUGUAAUUGCAACCGUAGUAAUCAAACC